AUGUCCUCCAAAUAUCUUAAUCAGGAAGAUCUCGACCAAAAAAAUGUAAAUCCAAACUACGCUGCUUGGAUUGAUGAUGACAAUACAUUGAUUUUAUGGCUCCAAUCGAUUAUUUCAGAUGCAGUGAUUCCAUAUGUUGUUGGCGCUGAUUCUUCUAGAGAUCUUUGUCUAAACAUUGAUUCAAGGUUUGCAAGAACUUCUACUGCACAUUCUAUACAACUACGCACAAAGCUGCAGUCGUUAAAGCUUGGAUCUAGAACGAUUACUCAAUUUCUAGGAGAAAUCAAGAAACUCUCAGAUCAACUCUCUACUGCUGGAUCUCCUGUUUCUGAUGAUGAGUUAAUUGUUUUGAUUCUUAAUGGUAUUGGUACUGAUUAUGCCUUUAGCACUUCAAUUCAUGUUCGCAAUCCACCAGUUUCUUUUGAUGAACUUCACAAUCUAUUGCUCAGUGAAGAAAUUAUUGUCAAUGAAAGAUCCAAAAAUCUUGUCACUAGGCAAACAACAAAGUUUUUCAAGCUUUCCAAUCUCAACAGGCAUUCUUAG